AUGUCUAGCGAACUGGGCUUCUCACUCCCCAAUGGCACCCGCAUCGUUCACGGCAGCGGUGCUGCCGCCAGAGACGCUUUCCCGCCGGACUCGAACAUCCCCGGCAGACUCCAAACAUUCAGCGCAGGCCAUGUCAACGACCCAUCUACGCCCUGCUUCUGUGGGCCACAAGGGUUAUUACCCUUCGACACCAAGACCCGCAUGCCGCGGCAUGUGCAUAUGGCUCCAGACCCUGUCGGCGAGGGCCUUCGAUACGUCGUUGAAAAGAUAAUGGUCAUGGAGGGCGUGGCCGUAGCAGAGCUCGGAGGUGAACUCUACAUAAUCCCCCCUCACACGAUGGUGCUUAUUGGGGCUGGUGUCCCACAUACCUGGACUGCUUGCCCGCCGGGUCUUGACUUUGAGGCACUGGGGUUUGCCACUGACGGGGAAGGGGGCGCUGUUUCAACGGGGAGAUUUGUUGCGGUGUUCGAGUAUGAAGUACCGACUUCGUUCUUUCCAACGGCGCAGACGGGGACUCUUACCACUGAAGAGGAAUAUGUUCGGUGUGAUGAUUUGCAUUCUAUUGGGAUUCCGGCUAUGACGGUGGAAGAACUAAAGGAGCGGGCGUGGUUUGUGUGGGGGACGGAAGUUCGGAAGCUCCCUUAG